AUGGGUACGUGCCGCAAUGGACAUUUCAACUUGGAUGUUGAGAUGAUUGCUAACGUCCUUCGUGUUGAUAUAGAAAAAACGCCAAGGUUUCCCAUCAAAGACUGUAAAACAGCGGUUCUUAAAGCAUAUGGCAUUUCGAUAAGCAGAAGAAAAGCAUAUCUUGGUCGCAAACGUGCUUUUGAAAAAGUCUAUGGUACUUGGGAGGGUUCUUUUUCCGAGUUGCUGAGGUUCAUGGAAGCUUUGAAACACUUCAAUCCCGGAACAAUAGUUGAAUGGAAAAUAGAGCGGCGUGUCGAUGUCAUUGAAGAUGUAUUCAACUAUGUGUUCUGGACUUUAAAACCAUGCAUUGAUGGAUUUGUGUUUUGUCGUCCUAUUAUAUCGAUCGACGGAACACAUGUCUAUGGAAAAUAUGAUAUCAAGUUGUUGAUUGCGAUUGCAACGGAUGGUAACGGCUCAAUAUUACCUUUGGCAUUUGCAAUAGUUGCGAAUGAGAGCAUGGAGACAUGGAGUUUAUUUUUGGAUCAUUUGCACUUACACGUUGUCAAGGGUCGUAGAGCUGCAAAUCACUGUCAGGAGAAAAAGUUUUUGAAAAAAAUGGAGAUGAUCAAGGAGAUUAACCCGAAAGCAUAUGUGUGGUUAAUGAAGAACGAUCUUGACAAAUGGACAUUGCACAGGGAUGUAGAUAGGAGAUGGGGCAUGUUGACAAUAAACAGUUUCGAGUCAUUCAAUGGUCUUCUUAAGUCAGCCAGGGGUCUGCCAGUUACUGCAAUGGUAAGAAUCACUUACAAUCAGAUUGUGAAUCGAUUUGUUACAAGAUCAAAAUUUGUCAAUCAGCUAGUACAACAAAAGCAACAAUGGAUGCCUAAACCAUUCAAGAUUUUUGAGGAUAAUCGAAAAAAAUCACAGCGUCACACACUUAUCAACUAUCACCAACAAAGGGAAAACAUAUUUGAGGUGCAGACACAUAUGCAUCAUGGCAGUGGUGGUAAUAAGCACAUUGUAAAUGCAUCACAAGGAAAAUGUCAAUGUGGUAAAUGGCAAUCAUACCACAUUUCGUGUUCUCAUGCAAUAAAGGGAUUUGACCAAAUUGGGUAUCAAGCAUGGGAGCAUAUGGCACCAGAAUUUAGCGUGCGUAGCUACAAAAAAGCCUACUCUGGACAAUUCAAUCCACUCGGCGGUGAAAAAUAUUGGCCUGAUAGUCCUUUUCUUAUGAUAGCAAAUAAAAAAUAUUUACGAAAAGUGGGCGUAAAUAAAAUCACCCGUAAACAUAAUGAAAUGGAUGUUCCCGCAAGUACACUUACUCGCAAAUGUUCAACGUGCAAACAAAUAGGCCAUGAUAGGCAUAACUGUCCUUCACAAGCUCGAAACGCCUCAUAUGGUGGUAGUAGCUAA